UACUAAUAUUUAAAAUUAAUACCAUUUUCCACAAAUUACCGGUUUAUAAAUUUAAAAAGUUGAAUAAAUCGUAUUUUUAAAAUAAUUAUUAUUUUAUUUUUUUUUUUUGACUCUUUAAUUAUCUGACGAUUCCCCUCCUACCAAACCGACGGCGUCAAGAAUUUUAUUCGUUUAUUAUAUUUUUUUUUUAUUGUUCCAUUCGUUAAUCACAAGUAAAUAUAGCGUUAAAAUGGGAUCGAUUAUUAACAUCAGUAUUACAUUAAUUCAUUUCUAAGCACUAUGUAAGCUGAUACUCAAAAAACUUUUUUUUAAGUAAAAAAAAAAAUUGAAAUGUUAUUCAAGUGUUUUCUAUUAUUUAAUUUAAACAUCUAUUUAUUAAUUGCAUUGACUAUUGACAUAAAAUCAACUACACCCACAGUUAUAAUGCAGAGUGGCGAGAUUUUGCAAAUAAAUUGUGCGAAUUUUGAAAACCAUAUAUUUUAUUAUCCAAAAAAUAACAGUGAAAUUGUGACAUCAGAAGUUAAAAUAACAAAAAUAAAUGAAAAUAAUAAGUAUACUGGUGUACUUGAGAGAUUUAUAACAGUUUACGGAGAUACCGGAUGGUACGGAUGCAUUGAAUCUGAUUCUUGUGCAACUUUUAAUGACAACAGUUCCAAUAAUUAUUGGGUAUAUGUCUACGUAACAUCGAAUGAGCAUUUAUUUAUAAAUAACAAUUAUAAAAUUAAUUAUUUACAAAGUACGACAGAUGAUAAUGUUACGAUACCAUGUCGUCCAACUUCACCAUUUUACUCAGUGCGUUUGCUUCAUAAUGACAAUUUAAUUCAAAAUAACGAAAAAUUAAUUUUUAAUCCAAGAACUGGAUUUGUCUUGAAUAAUUUGGGAAUUAAAAAUAUCGGAUACUAUUCAUGUGAAAUUACAUAUAGAAACAAUACUGAUAAAGUAUCAUUUUUUCUUUAUAUAACAAGUAAAUUGAAAAAUGUAAAUCAGCCAAUUAUAAUAAAUAACGAGUUACUGGACCGUGUGACUGAAGGCCAAGUCUUAGUUGUUAAUUGUUCUGUUGAAAUAGAGUCUGAUAUAUUAUACAAUUUAUACUGGACUAAACCUAAUCAGGAUCGACGGAUGACAACGCGGGUUUUUAAAAAACCCUUGGGCGUAACUUAUUAUCAAGCUUUGAGUGAAUUGAUGGUUAGCGACAUCGCUAAAAGUGAUCAGGGUAAUUAUCAAUGUUGCAUUAUUUCUGGAUUCAUCAAAAAAUGUGAUAAAAAAUAUAUAACUGUAAAUGAUUCUUAACAUUAAUGAUACUAAUAUCAAUAGAUAGUAUAAAAUUAACUUAUUUUUAAUUUUUUUAUUUGCACUUGUGGCACCUGCAGGAGAGAGUUGAUAAAAUUCAGAUGCAAUGACUAAAAUAAAAAAAUACGAUAAUUUAUAUAGAUAUGUAUUUUGUGAUUAAAUUAUAGUCAAUAAACUCAAUAAGCUGAAUA